AGCCCCACGGCUCACCUGGGCAGCGCCAUGAAACAACGUCAUACCUCCUGGAUACUUAGUUCGCAUUCCACUUCCCUUCCCUGAGCUUCAUGCUCUAUUACGAAUUCCUCACACCUUCACAUUUCCUUUCUCCCAAUUUUCAUUUCCUAGGCUUCACAAAACUCUUAAAAAUACAAAGCCAAUUGAUCUCUCACACACAUACCAGGUUGUCGCUCGAACGAACCAAUUUGAACACCAUGGGAGACAAUUCAGAUUCAGCCAAAGAGUCUCUUCCCGUCCGUUCUGGUCAAACCGAUUCGGUCCAUCUCUCGCCAGAUCCGUAUCUUAGCUCAGAUUCAGGCAUACCAACGCCUUCGAUGCUUACACCCAACACUAGAGCGGAAGCUGAAUUCGCGUUCACCUCUAACGCAUUGAAGCAGACGGACUCCGCUGCCCCAUCUACGGCUCCUCCAGAAGAUACCGAUAGUCCUAUGUUGGCCGCUCCUAGAAGUACCCGCCGGCCGCUUGCUCCUCCUCGAAGCGGUAGUUCCAACUACAUUGCCGCUCUCGCUGCCAGUCGUACCGUGCCUGAAGGUUUCGAUGCUUCCAAUGCCCAGUCUUACAGCCCGGUGACACCGAACGAGUCACAGAGCGUGGAUAAGACGAAAAUCUCUGGCGUGCUGAAGGAAGACACCAAUACUCGCUACGGAGAUCAGCAAGAUAUGAAGAGGGAGAGACAGAAGGCGCUUCUGGCGAAGAUCCCUGGUCAUGGCUACGACAGCACACAAGAGACAGCAAGCAAGUGAUAGGGAAACGUAUCACUCAACCCUCGUAGGUUGGCGUCAUUUGGAACUGCACCACGUCUUGUCACGUUUCUCAGGAUGACGUAGAUAACCCUGCUGUGGUACGUCGGGCGGAAAGAUAUUUGGGGAGGCCUAAUCCAAUACAGCUAAGAUCCAUUACACGAUGCUCUGAGGGUGACUCACUUCGACAAUACAUGGACUUUUCUGGCAACAUGCCAAAGAGUACGAACUCUUAUUGUGGUGACAUUUGUAGCUUGCAUGAAUAGAGCUGCUCCCUGUGAGAUAUUCGAGAGGUCCCACCAAUUCCCCCACGCGUUUAGCUGCACCCCUAACAUCCAGAACGCAAUUCGUUAGACCCUGGAGUCUUCGCUCCAUUCGAUCACCA